AUUGAGAGUUGAGGGGUUCUAUUAUGAGAUGAGACGACAGCGAGUACUUCUUCUUCUUCUUCCUGUUCUUCUUAUCCGUUAGACAAGAUAACGGUGGAGCACCGGAGACUGGAGAUUCAUCAUUCUUCUUCUUCUUCUUCUUCUUCUUCUUCUAUGCAGAAACAUUACGAUUAUAACUUCAGUGGUGGGUUUGCUAUAUAGCAGUAAAAAGAGGAAGACGAAGCAUGUCUUGUCUAUUGCCACAGUUCAAUUGCAAACCGGAUACAUUCUCCGCCCAAAAGCAUGCCUUCAGAACCCACUCUUUUCCCACUAAUCCCAAUUCCCAUCUCCCUCCAAAAUCUAGAGAUCCGGGCUCUUCCUGGCCACAAUGUGUUUUAUCCACUCCCUCUUCCUCAACCUCUACUGUUCUUAGCGUGGACAAACUCAGAUUGCCUUCCUUGGAAGCUAACUCUGAAUCCAUCGCUGCAAAUAGACCCUGGACCUAUACUGAGGUGAAAUUCUUGUUUAAUACAAACUUUCAAGCAACUUUAGCCACAGAAACUCUUCUUACCAGUGAGGAGGCUGUAAUAGCUGCCGCCGCUGCUGAAGCUGUUACUCUUGCAAAAGCAGCUGUGAGGGUUGCAAAGGAUGCAGCUCUGCUAGUGAAAACUCCUGCAAAACAACCAAGUACUUCUGUAGUUUCUUCAGAAGCUAGUCAUUGGGAUUUUAAGGGUGUUCAGAAUACGAAAACAACACAAGCUGCUAUAUUAGGAGAUUCUGUGGGAAGUGAGAUUGCUCUGGUGGAAGAUCACUCCCUGAAAUGUGCUACUAAUGAAUCUGAUUUUGAGGAACCAACAUGUGAAGAACUUCAAACACUGCAGGAACAGCUCUCUAGUAGCACCGCUGUUAGAUCAAAUCGCCAAACUGAAAGGAAGGCUAGAAGAGACAGAGCAGCAGAGAAGGCUGCUGCAAAUGUUGUCUCUGUGAAAUCUGGCUCUAACAGCAGAAGAAAGCGUGUUUCUUUACAAGAUGUAGACCAUUCUGAUCCAUUGCGUUACUUGAGAUCAACUACCAGCUCUUCUAGGCUUCUUACUGGAACUGAGGAAAUUGAGCUAUCAGAAGGAAUACAGGUACUCCUGAAACUAGAAAAGCUCCAGGAAGAGCUUGCAGAACGAUGUGGCAGUCAGCCAACAUUUGCACAAUGGGCUGCAGCAGCAGGAAUUGAUCAAAAGACCUUGAGAAGGCGCAUAAACUAUGGCAUUUUAUGCAAAGACAAAAUGAUUAAAAGCAACAUACGACUUGUCAUAUCAAUUGCAAAAAAUUAUCAGGGAGCUGGGAUGAAUCUUCAAGAUCUUGUUCAGGAAGGAUGUAGAGGCCUUGUAAGGGGUGCAGAAAAGUUUGAUGCUUCAAAGGGCUUUAAGUUCUCCACUUACGCACACUGGUGGAUUAAACAGGCAGUUCGCAAGUCUCUUUCUGAUCAGUCCAGAACUAUCCGCUUACCAUUCCACAUGGUGGAGGCAACCUAUAGAGUUAAGGAGGCAAGAAAGCAACUGUAUAGUGAACAUGGAAGACACCCUAAUGAUGAAGAAGUUGCAGAGGCAACCGGGCUGUCAAUGAAGAGGCUUGCUGCUGUGUUAUUGACGCCAAAAGCUCCUAGAUCUUUGGAGCAAAAGAUUGGGAUCAACCAGAAUCUUAAACCAUCGGAAAUAAUAUCAGAUCCUGAUGCAGAAACUUCAGAGGAUGUGCUGACUAGGCAAUUCAUGAAACAGGACUUAGAAAAGGUACUGGAUAGUCUCAAUCCUAGGGAAAAGCAGGUCAUCAGAUGGAGAUUUGGAAUGGAGGAUGGAAGGAUGAAGACAUUGCAAGAAAUUGGUGAGCUGAUGGGAGUGAGUAGGGAGAGAAUAAGGCAAAUUGAAUCAUGUGCAUUUCGAAAACUGAAGAACAAGAAGAGGACCAAACAUUUACAGCAGUAUGUUCUUCCAUAGCAAGACAAGACUACAUUUACAUAACUGGGGUCUGGGGCCUCAUCCCAUUUGAUGAAGACAUCAUCACAAAUUUUUUUUACCUCGUCCAUUUUCUGGUGUAGAAAUUUAGAUUUUACGGUAUCAGAGAGCACUUGUGUAUAAAUUAUUAUUUUUCCCCCUUUGAAAUCAGGCAUUUCCCCAUAUUUUUUUAAUGUACUGGUAAAAGGCAAAGACACUGAGAAUGGAAGUUGAAAUUGCAAUUUAUAUUUCAAAUGAAAAA